AUGUCGAACGACCUCCCAAAAAUCUACAAGAUGCCUCUAGAAGAGCGGUUCUAUGACCUCGAUGCCGAACAAGUAGAGUUCUUCCGAAACGAAACGGGGAUACAAGAUGAAGAAGAGCUCAAACAUCAUAUCGUUGCGGUUCAGACCAAGGCAUACUCGAUUUAUCGGUAUCCCUGCAUCCGACUUUUCCAGUUUGCGAAAUUGAGGAUAGCCCGGCUUCCUGCUUACCCAGAUCUCUUGAGGCUUGGAAGGGAAAGAAAGGGAGCGAUUUUCUUGGAUAUUCCUUGCUGCUGUCAGUAUGUUGGGAACGAUACUCGGAAGGCUGUUCAAGACGGUUAUCCCAUUGAUAAUGUUGUCGCGUCCGAUCUACACAAAGAUUUUUGGGAUCUCGGCCAUGAAAUGUUCAAGUCGACUCCGGAAUCAUUUCCCGUACCGUUCAUCCAAGGAGACGUGUUCGACCCGAAAUUUUUAGAAGCCAGUCCACCAUUUACGCUAGGGAAUCCUCCUGCCACACCCGUUCCUACUUUGAAUACCCUGACAACGCUGAACCCCCUCCGCGGUCAUCUCUCCGCUUGUUUUUGCGGUGCAUUCUUUCAUCUAUUUAGCGAGGAUGCCCAGUACCAGAUAGCCCAGGGGCUAGCCGGUCUUCUUUCCCCCCAACCAGGCUCGAUGAUAUUUGGAGUACAUGGCUCAAGGCCAGAAAAAGGGUUCUGGCACCCCACUGGAACUGAGCGUUAUAUGUUUUGUCACUCGCCAGACAGCUGGAAGGAUCUCUGGGAGGGUUUGUUUGGUGGGAAAGAGAAUGUGCAAGUAAAGGCAGCAUUGAGGGACGGAGAUGGUGGAAAUGAUUUACAUGGGACGUACCCCGGCAAUAAAGAGCCGCAUCACCUUAUGGAGUGGUCUGUGACACGCAUUUAG